GCUGCAUUAGGAAGAAUGGGAGGGAGAUUGGUCACCAGUUUUGGCAUCAGGCUUAUAUCUUUUAUUUUUCCUUAACCGUUGACACUUAUAGUCUGUUUUUGCACAUUAGUUUUUAGAUAUACUGUCUGUGAGCAGUAUGGAUUUACCCAUUGACUCCAGCCUGUUCUUGUCGGAUGACCAAGAUGUGGCCAAACUGGUACAGGAAGAAUUCCAAAAACAAAUACUUGUGGACAGUGAGAAAUUUCAAAAGGCCCAAACCACAAGGAUGAAUACGGAUCUUUGGGACAGUCUAUGGAACUCUGUUGAUCCAGUAGUUAAUAAACUGGUUAAUCAAGUGGCCAAUCCAGUCUUUAGUCCAGUCUUCUGCUUGGCUUGUGAUACCAUGUUCUUCAAUAGGCUGACCCUUGAGGAGCAUGUCUGCCCUUUUGUUAGCUUCAUUUGUUCGUGUGGUAUUGGUUUCACUAAUUAUCCUGAAAUGUGGUCCCACAGUCUGUCCCACAACCACAAAGCAUCAUAUGUAGUGAAUCACAAAAGUGCUAUACAGAACAGGAUCAAUUCUGUUAAAGAGCAGGAGUCCAAGCUGAAGUUUUUAGAGGCUACUGCAAAGAACGUCGGCAUUGUUCAGGAGGCUGUUCCGGCCACAGCUUCACCUCCGUCUAUGACAAGGUACGCCGUUGGACGAACGAUUAACCUUUGGAGGCGUUUCAAACCAGUGGUGAAGAUCAAGACUCUUCAGCCGUUUCCCAGUCGAAGGAAGUACAUGUGCGCGGUUUGCCGCGAAGUGAUGUGCAGUCAGGACGUGCUCAUCGAGCAUGUCCAUGCCUCUCACCAUAACACCUGCAUAUAUGGCUGCAUUCGCUGCGGGCUGCUUUUGAUAAGCAGUGUCACUCCAAAACCUCACCACAAGUGCGGCUCCCUUUACACCGGCCCUUCCAAAAGGUUCACUGUUGGCCACGUGGUUAAAGACCCUCUGGCAGCUGACAGACUGUAUAUGCCGUAUGCUUGUCAGUACUGCUCUCUGAAAUUUUGUCAUCCAGUGCACCUAAGCAACCAUGUCCAUCUCAACCACACCAACAUAUCCAAACUGCAGGUAAACAAGUCGCAAGGAAGCAGUGCAAAGAGAGUGCAGCACACUUUGAAGAACAUGUCAAACAGAACCUCACAAACUCAAAAGCAGAGGUGCGCGCUUUGCGGCAAAAUGAACGACUCGCUCAAGAUACUUGCGCAGCACUGGUGCAUGAGGGGGCUGACUUUGCUCAAGCCUGAGAAGGUCGCGAAGAUGAUCAGCGAAAAAGACCAACAAAGAUCAGACUGGUGUUCACCAAUAGAGAGUGACAGCGAAGAACUGACCUUCCGCUUUCAAAACAUCAGUGACAUGAAGAUGUACGGUCAUACAAAGCUACUGACGAUAAAAACGGAGCCGGUAGAGGUGAACCUUAAGAUGACCCAAACAGACUUUUCUCAAAGGGUAUCUGUGAAAACCGAGCCCGAUGACGAUAACGGAGUGGAAAAAGCUCAGACUGAAAUGAACAGACUCUUUUACCAAAAUUGCAGUACUCCCAAUGCUAACAAUCUGAAGUGCUGGCUUAGCAGCAUAUAGGACCAAAGCUAUGGUUUACAAGUGUUUUGGAAUUGUUCUCUUCAUUCGUGGAUAGUCAUGUUGUAUAGACUCUCAUUCUGCUAUUUCAGCAAAUUUGAUGUAUUUUACUCGAUGACUAGCGUCCCAGAGCUUUCAGUCGUUCUUGGUUGUUUCCGACUAUUGUCAGCUAUGUUGAGU